GGAGGAGCCGUGCCAGAGCCUGGAGAAUAGCAAGCAGGCCUGAGGUGGAGGGGGGGCUCAGAAGAGCAAGCCAAGCACCAAUCUCAUGCCGCGAUAGAAAUGUAGGGAGCCCCCUUCUAUUGGAUCAGACCGUAGGUCCAUCUAGCUCACUAAUGUCUACACUGACCGGCAGUGGCUCUCCCGGGUUUCAGACAGAAGCCUCUCCCAGCCCUACCUGGAGAUGCCCUUGGGGAUUGAAGCUGGGACUAUCUGCAUGAAAAGCGGAUGCUCUGCCACUGAGCUACGGCGGCCCUUGUCCCAACUAUGCCAGUGUCUUAUGCUUUGACCUGGUGACCUUCAAGGAGGUGGCUGUUAUUUGAGGAGGAGCGAGCCCCACUGGAUCCGGACCAAGAGCCCUGCACAGGGAAGCCAUGGAGGAGGAUUGUGGGAUUGUGGCCUCUCUGGGAGGUGAUGGGCCAGAGAGUGGAAAACCACUCAGUGUGUUCUUGGAAUUAAGCAGAUGUAAGGGGGGGGAAGAGCAGAGAGGAAAAACUGAAGCAAGACAGAAGGGGAGGAAGGAAUCUUCUGCUUUUGAAAAUGGUGAGGUCUCUGAAAUCUCAGUCCAAGAAAACAUGGAUGAAGGAAAGGAAAGGAGUCAGUGCCUUCUGUGUGGGGACAGCUUUAGUUGUAAAUUGAGCCUUACUGCUCAUUGGAAAAGCCACACAGAGGAGAAAUCCUUUAAAUGCUCGGACUGUAAUAAGAGCUUCAGUGAUAAAUCAACCCUUAAAAAGCAUCUGAGGAUCCACACUGGGGAAAAACCAUUUAAAUGUUUGGAAUGUGGACGGAGCUUCAGUCGGAGCACAACUCUCACUUCCCAUCGCAGGAUCCAUACAGGGGAGAAACCAUAUAGAUGCGCGGAGUGUGGAAAGAGUUUCAGUACUUCUGAAUACCUCACUAUCCAUCAGAGAAUCCACACAGGAGAGAAACCAUAUAAAUGCCUGGAGUGUGGAAAGAGGUUUAAUAGGAGAGGUACCCUUUCAUCACAUCAAAAAAUUCACACAGGCGAGAAACCAUAUAAAUGCCUGGAGUGUGGAAAGAGCUUCAGUGAUGGCACAAACCUCCGUUCACAUCGAAGAAUUCACACAGGAGAGAAACCAUAUGAAUGCUUAGUGUGUGAAAAGAGGUUUAGUUACAGAACCAACCUCAAUUCACAUAAAAAAAUCCACACAAGAGAGAAAUAUUUUAAAUGCUUGGAAUGUGGAAAGAACUUCAGUAAUAGCCAAUACCUCAAUUCCCAUAAAAAAAUCCACAAAAAGGAGAAACCAUUUAAAUGCUUGGAGUGUGGCAAGAGUUUCUCUUUCAGCACCAGCCUUAUUUCUCAUCAAACUGUCCACACAGGGGAGAAGCCCUUUAAAUGCCUAGAGUGUGGAAAGAGCUUUACUAGUAGUAAAUACCUCACUUCUCAUCAACGAAUCCACAGGAGAGAAACCGUAGAAAUGAAUGGAGUGUAGACAGAGGGCUGCAUCCAGUGCUAGUCCUACUCAGAAUAGACCCAUUGAUAUUAAUGGAUGUGUCUGACCUAGGUUCACUAAGUUUGACUCAGAGUAGACCCAUUCCUAUUAAUUAACAUAAUUUCAAUGGGCCUACUUUGAGUCAAAUUUAGUGGGAUACAACCCAGAGCUUCCAUCAAGAGUUCAGACCUUUUUUCACAUUAGAUAAUCCACACAGGGGCGAUGCAUUUUGAAUGCUUCAGUAUGGAAAGAAGUUCAGUACGAGCCAUGAACAAAUUCAUAUGGAGGAAAACUUUCUAAAUGCUACAAGUGUGGAAAAAUCUUCCAUCAGAGUUCUGAUCCUAGCUCACACAGGGGGAAAAAAACUAUCUGCCUCUCCUUUUUUCUAUCUGUCCCUUCUGUAAAUUUAUAAGGGGAAGUUCUUAAAAGUCUCUGUUGUUUUGCUGCCUUUUAUUGCUCUUGUAGAUUUUUAAAAGGUGUGUUUUUUGCUAUAUUUUAUUACUGUAUUAUUCUUUUCCAUGUUUGGAAAGCCAUCCUGAGAAUUGUUUUAAAAUGUGAAAAACAAACUGAUAAAUAA